GUUGCGCCGUUUUGAAACUUCCGGCGAGGCGAAGGAGACAAACGUGCAAAGAUGCAGAUCUUCGUGAAAACACUAACUGGGAAAACCAUCACCCUCGAGGUCGAGAGCAGUGACACCAUCGACAAUGUCAAAGCCAAGAUCCAGGACAAAGAAGGUAUCCCUCCGGACCAGCAGAGGUUGAUCUUCGCCGGGAAACAGCUCGAGGAUGGUCGUACUUUGGCUGACUACAACAUCCAGAAAGAGUCUACUCUGCAUCUCGUUCUGAGGCUUAGGGGAGGUAUCAUUGAGCCUUCUUUGAUGGCUUUGGCUCGUAAGUAUAACCAAGACAAGAUGAUCUGUCGCAAAUGUUAUGCUCGUCUGCACCCAAGGGCUGUCAACUGCAGGAAGAAGAAGUGUGGCCACAGUAACCAGUUGAGGCCAAAGAAGAAGAUCAAGUGAUCUGUUUUCACCUUUUUUAUGUUAUAUUUUUGUGUUUCCCUUGGGAGAAGACGCAUCUCUAUUGUUCUGAGACCAAUCUUGUUUCAGUUAAUUUUGAUUCCAAGAUUAUUAUUAGUAAAACUGAUUUUCUUGCCAAAGUCUCUGCUAUGUUUCUUCAA